AUGAAGCCAGUGAUUCGUCGAUACCGUCCUGCGGACAAGAACGAGGUCCUCACUUUGUUCAGCAACGGCCCUCAAGAGCACAUCAGGCCGUGUUUUUACAAUGCCAUCAGCAGCCCUCUCUACCUCAGCAUCACCCUUGGUCUAUCUGCUGGUGGCUACCUUCUCCUGGGAUCUGUGCUAGUGGCAUUGGUAUUAGCAGGAGGCUGGCUUGGACUGGUCUACUACUGCUGCCAUGAACUAUAUGCCAGCUUUGUCAGGGAGAGGCUCAGGACGGACAUGCAGGACAUCCCCGGGAACUAUCUGACCAUGCCGGAUGACUGCUUCUUCGUGGCUGAGGCCGAGGUCAGUGGGAGGUCCCAGGUCGUGGCUAUGGUGGCUGUGGUGGCCAAACAGAACAGAACAGAGAAGUAUGGGGAACUGUUCAGGAUGAUUGUGUCUUCAUCAUGCCGACGGGUGGGCCUUGGUGCCAGGAUGAUCCAGACAGCGGUCAAUUUCUGCAAGGAGCAUGGCAUCUCGAAAGUGGUCCUGGAGACCAGCUCGCCCCAAAUUGCCGCUGUAGCCCUGUAUGAGAAGACGGGAUUCACUCAUGUGCUCUCGCACACCAAAACACAAGAUGCUGUUUGGAUGAUAAAGCUGGCCAGGGCGACCAUUCUCUUAAUGGAAAAACACCUAUAA